UUGGCCUAUUUAAAUCUUUCUUAUCACAAUCUCAAUUUCUUUAUAUUCAAGUGUAUUCGAAACCCCAAAACACUUUUCUUAUUGUAUCCUCCUCUCUAUAUAUAUUUCUUCUUGCUUUUCUUCUUGGUCGUUUCUUGUUAACUUAAAAUUCUUAUCAAAUCACAAUAAAAGCUUUACUCCUACUUCCCACAUAUACAGUGUGGGAUCGAGGGAGAGAGCAAGAGAGAAGAAGCACACAGCUUAACUAGGGUCGAACAUUCUCUUGCCACAAUCUGAACAUGUCUAACAGAAGAUCAUCAAGACAGUCUUCAAGUGCUCCAAGGAUAUCCGAUGAUCAAAUGAUCGACCUAGUAACUAAGCUCCGUCAGAUUUUGCCGGAGAUUGGGCAACGACGUCGCUCGGAUAAGGUAUCAGCCUCGAAAGUGUUGCAAGAGACAUGCAACUACAUACGAAGCUUGAACAGAGAAGUUGACAACCUCAGCGAGCGUUUGUCUCAGCUUCUCGAAUCUGUCGAUGAAGAUAGCCCUGAAGCCGCCGUUAUUAGAAGCCUCCUCAUGUAACUUUCUUUUUGUUGACUUUUUGACAAGCUAAGCCCUACUCAUGUAAUCUUUCAUGAUCGCUCUAUAUAUGAUUAUAUUAUCUCUUUUUAUCAACAUAAUCUUCUUAUUAUAUAUAUAAACAUCAAAGAGCGAGGUGGGCUUGAUCUUUAUCAUA